AUCUCAGUUUCCCCGUGCUGCCGUUGCAACGAGUAUAAAUAUCGUUUCAUUACAUGUCCUUAUUUCCUUCUUAGAAAAUGCGGAGUGGCUUUUAGGUCAUUCUCUCUUUCUCUCCCUAUUCCUCUCUAUUUCCUUCUCGUAACUCUCCUCGUUUGUAUACAAAGAAACCCUCGGAUCAAUGGCGAAACCCUCGAAAUCGCAGGUUUCAUCCGAUGAGGCCUUAUCGAAUGGCUCAAACUCCUCCGAGGAAGAGCAACUGAACGAUCAGAUCAACGACGAAGAGGACGAGGAGGAGCUUGAAGCGGUCACGAGGACUGCCGUCUCUGAGGACGAGGAUGAAGAAGCCGCUGACGGGGGCAACUCGCCUGCCACAGAAGACGAUGCUGCCGGCGAUAGCAGCGACGGCGAGGAAGACGAGGAGGAUGGAAAUGCUGUGGGUGGCACUGAAAUUAGCAAGCGUGAAAAGGCCAGGCUUAAAGAAAUGCAGAAGAUGAAGAAACAGAAGAUCCAGGAAAUAUUGGAUGCUCAAAAUGCUGCUAUUGAUGCCGAUAUGGUGUGUUUGUCAUACAUACUUGAAAGACUCAUUUUCCUACAUGUUGUUGGCUUUGGUGUAUUCAGUCUAUUGAGUGUGAUGGCCAUAAUCAUUAAUGCCUAUUUUAAUCGGCAGAACAAUAGAGGGAAGGGACGCUUGAAGUAUCUCUUGCAGCAGACAGAGAUUUUUGCUCAUUUUGCCAAGGGUGAUCAAUCCACAUCUCAGAAAAAGACAAAGGGAAGGGGUCGCCAUGCAUCAAAAGUGACUGAAGAGGAAGAAGAUGAAGAGUGCCUGAAAGAGGAAGAAGAUGGUUUAUCUGGGACAGGAAACACGCGGCUGGUGACACAGCCCUCAUGUAUUCAGGGAAAGAUGAGAGAUUACCAACUUGCUGGCCUAAACUGGCUCAUACGGCUGUAUGAGAAUGGCAUCAAUGGAAUCCUCGCAGAUGAAAUGGGUCUGGGUAAAACAUUGCAAACCAUUUCUUUAUUGGGUUAUCUGCAUGAGUUUAGAGGAAUAACUGGUCCCCACAUGGUUGUUGCCCCAAAAUCGACUCUUGGCAACUGGAUGAAUGAAAUUCGACGUUUUUGUCCAGUUCUGCGUGCUGUGAAGUUUCUUGGAAAUCCUGAUGAAAGGAGGCAUAUACGUGACAAUUUACUGGUUGCUGGGAAAUUUGAUGUCUGUGUCACUAGUUUCGAGAUGGCCAUCAAAGAGAAAACUACAUUGCGACGCUUUAGUUGGCGCUAUAUCAUCAUUGAUGAAGCUCAUCGAAUCAAGAAUGAGAAUUCUCUUCUUUCAAAGACAAUGAGACUAUAUAGUACGAACUACCGCCUUCUUAUCACGGGUACACCACUUCAGAACAAUCUUCAUGAACUAUGGUCUCUUCUCAACUUUCUACUGCCCGAGAUAUUUAAUUCAGCUGAGACUUUUGAUGAAUGGUUCCAAAUUUCUGGAGAUAAUGACCAGCAGGAGGUUGUUCAACAGCUUCAUAAGGUCCUCCGGCCUUUCCUCCUUCGGAGACUGAAGUCAGAUGUUGAGAAAGGCUUGCCUCCAAAAAAGGAAACAAUACUUAAAGUAGGCAUGUCUCAAUUGCAGAAACAGUUCUACAGGGCUUUACUACAAAAAGACCUUGAAGUUGUUAAUGCUGGUGGAGAACGCAAACGUCUUUUGAAUAUUGCAAUGCAACUGCGUAAAUGCUGCAAUCACCCAUAUCUUUUCCAAGGUGCUGAACCUGGACCUCCUUAUACGACAGGAGAGCACCUUAUUACGAAUUCUGGUAAGAUGGUUCUUUUGGAUAAGCUACUUCCAAAGCUAAAAGAGCGUGAUUCUAGGGUUCUAAUAUUUUCACAGAUGACAAGGUUGCUGGACAUUCUUGAAGAUUACUUGAUGUUUCGAGGAUACCUGUAUUGUCGAAUUGAUGGAAAUACAGGGGGAGAAGAUCGUGAUGCCUCCAUUGAUGCAUUUAAUAAACCCGGAAGUGAGAAAUUUGUGUUCUUACUGUCAACUAGAGCUGGAGGUCUUGGUAUCAAUCUUGCUACUGCAGAUGUUGUCAUCCUUUAUGACAGUGACUGGAACCCCCAAGUUGAUUUGCAAGCACAAGAUCGUGCUCAUCGGAUUGGUCAAAAGAAAGAAGUUCAAGUGUUUCGAUUCUGCACAGAGUAUACCAUCGAGGAAAAGGUGAUUGAGAGAGCUUAUAAAAAAUUGGCACUCGAUGCUUUGGUGAUUCAACAAGGACGGUUAGCAGAGCAGAAAACUGUGAACAAAGAUGAGCUACUGCAAAUGGUCAGGUUUGGUGCUGAAAUGGUUUUCAGCUCCAAGGAUAGCACAAUUACGGAUGAAGACAUAGACAGGAUCAUUGCUAAAGGAGAAGAGGCAACAGCUGAGCUUGAUGCUAAGAUGAAGAAAUUUACAGAAGAUGCCAUCAAAUUUAAAAUGGAUGAUACUGCUGAGUUGUAUGAUUUUGAUGAUGAAAAGGAUGAGAACAAGUUUGACUUCAAGAAAAUUGUCAGUGAAAACUGGAUUGAGCCACCAAAAAGAGAGCGGAAGCGGAAUUACUCAGAGUCUGAAUACUUUAAGCAAACAAUGCGGCAAGGUGCUCCAGCAAAACAAAGAGAGCCUAGAAUACCGCGCAUGCCCCAGCUGCAUGAUUUCCAAUUCUUUAACACACAAAGGCUGAAUGAGUUGUAUGAGAAAGAAGUGCGGUACCUCAUGCAAACACAUCAAAAGAAUCAGUUAAAAGACUCCAUAGAUGUGGAUGAACCUGAAGACUUGGGAGAUCCCUUGACUGCCGAGGAGCAGGAAGAAAAGGAGAGAUUAUUAGAAGAGGGAUUUUCAUCAUGGAGUAGAAGAGAUUUCAAUACUUUCAUUAGGGCUUGUGAGAAGUAUGGCCGGAAUGAUGUAAAAAGUAUUGCUUCUGAAAUGGAAGGGAAGACAGAGGAGGAAGUUGAGAGAUAUGCAAAAGCCUUCAAAGAAAGAUACAAAGAAUUAAAUGAUUAUGAUAGGAUCAUCAAGAACAUUGAAAGAGGAGAGGCUAGAAUUUCUAGGAAAGAUGAGAUCAUGAAAGCAAUUGGGAAGAAGUUGGAUCGCUACAAGAAUCCAUGGCUGGAACUAAAGAUCCAGUAUGGGCAAAACAAAGGGAAGUUGUACAAUGAAGAAUGCGAUCGUUUUAUGAUAUGCAUGGUUCACAAACUUGGAUAUGGGAACUGGGAUGAGCUGAAGGCAGCAUUUCGCACUUCUCCCUUGUUUCGUUUUGAUUGGUUUGUAAAGUCUCGCACAACCCAAGAGCUUGCAAGAAGAUGUGAUACCCUCAUUCGAUUAGUGGAGAGGGAAAAUCAAGAAUUUGAUGAGAGGGAGAGACAGGCACGGAAAGAGAAGAAGCUUGCCAAGAAUAUGACACCAUCAAAGCGUGCCAUGGCAAGGCAGGCAACUGAGAGCCCGACCUCUGUAAAGAAACGGAAACAACUGUUGAUGGAUGACUACGUGAGCUCGGUGAGUUCAUCUUCUUGCUUUGUUUAAUGUGGCAUGAGUCUCUCUUAUGAGUUGACCAUCAAGUAACUGACUGCUUAAUGGUUCUCUUUGCAGGGCAAGAGGAGGAAAUGAUAUUUGAAUGAUCAAAAUUUCCAUUUUCUUAUAUUUUGUUAAGUUACAAGUAUCAUGGUAUGAAGUUGCAUUGGGGUUCUAUAAUUCUAUCAGAAUCUUCUCAUUUUCGUUUUGGAAUUGCUACCCAGGAUCAACAGAAGCCAUAAUCUCACUGAUGUGAGGGUUUAGGUGUAUUUAACUAUGUAGUAGUUAUAGUAAGAUGUAUAAAACGAGGGUAUUGAGGUUACUUUUGAAACCUCCAGUAUUUUGUUUAUUGGAGGGGAUUUUGGUUAGUCUGUUAACAAGCAAAUUGGCUUAGCUGUUCAGGAGGGUUAUACUUAAAAAGAUCCAACCUAUUCCUUGCAAACAUUGAUGCAGGGGACAUGUUUUAAAUCCAUGUAAUCUAGCAUGAAGUUUUAUGGUAAUGCCUAGAAGAUGAUAUAAACACAAUGUAUGACCACUGUAUUUCCACA